AUUCCGCCAUGGCAGAUCUCUCUUUACUCCUCCUCCUCCUCUUUCCGUCCAUCUUCCUCCUCCACAGCCUCUACCACCGCCUCCGCUUCCGCCUCCCGCCGGGGCCGCGUCCAUGGCCGGUGGUCGGAAACCUCUGCCACGUCAAGCCGGUUCAGUUCCGGUGCUUCGCGGAUUGGGCCGGGUCGUACGGCCCGAUCAUGUCCGUGUGGUUCGGGUCAACACUAAACGUCGUCGUUUCGAACUCGGAAUUAGCGAAGGAAGUCCUGAAGGAGAAGGAUCAGCAGCUCGCCGGCCGCCACCGGAGCAGGUCGACGGCGAAGUUCAGCAGAGACGGCCAGGAUCUGAUAUGGGCCGACUACGGGCCCCACUAUGUGAAGGUGAGGAAGUUUUGUACGGUGGAGCUUUUCUCGCCGAAGCGGCUCGAAGCUUUGAGGCCCGUUAGGGAAGAUGAAGUCACGGCUAUGGUGGAAUCUAUUUACCGAGAUUGUGUUUAUCCAGUUAACUCAGGAAAGAGUUUGGUAUUGAAGAAAUAUAUAUACGCAGUGGCAUUCAACAACAUAACAAGACUUUCAUUUGGUAAAAGAUUUGUGAAUUCCGAAGGUAUAACCGACAAGCAAGGCCACGAGUUGAACGAGAUUUUCGAAAAAGAAUUCGAUUUCGAUUCGUCCUUUAUGAUUUUCGCCGAGCACAUUCCGUGGCUCCGUUGGAUGUUCCCGAUAGACGAGAAAAAGUUCGUUGAACUGGAAGCUCGAAGAGACCGUUUCACGCGUGAAAUAAUGGAAGAGCACACGCUCGCGCGCCGGAAGAGUGGUGGGGCCGCCAAACAACACUUCUUUGAUGCUUUGGUCACACUAAAAGACCAAUAUGACCUCAGUGAGGACACCAUCAUCGGCCUUCUUUGGGACAUGCUCGUUGCAGGAAUAGACACGAUUGCAAUAUCCGUCGAGUGGGCGAUGGCCGAACUAAUCAAGAACCCGAGGGUGCAGCGUAAGGCCCAGGAGGAGCUCGACCGUGUGAUCGGAACCCAACGCAUAAUGAACGAACUUGACUUCUCAAACCUCCCCUAUCUACAAAGCACAGUCAAAGAGUCAUAA